AUGCAGGAAAAGAUUGUCGCAAAUCGACUCUACGAAAAUAGUCACCACGAGCAAUCCAGCGCGCUUGAGUGUCAGCCUCAAGGUGCCAAACUAGAGCUUCCACUACGCUCCAGGAUGGAAGAGAUUGGUCUUUUUUCGCAAGAUUUUUUGGCUGUUGGAGGAAGUGCACGAACAAUUCCUUCAGAAGCGCAAAUCAUGUAG